AUGGGGAAGAAGGAUACAUUGAGAUCAAGCCCGCCAGAGAACAAAGUCAUGAAGAAAGCAAGCCUUGCCGGAGUCUCAACUACAACUUUUUUCUACAUGUUAUGUGGCUGCAUUGGAUACGCCGCAUUUGGAAACAAAGCCCCUGGAGACUUCCUUACCGACUUUUUUUAUGAACCUUACUGGCUCAUCGAUUUUGCCAAUGCUUGCAUUGUCCUCCACCUAAUAGCAGCCUAUCAGGUGUUUGCACAACCAAUAUUCCAAUUUGUUGAGAACAAAUGCAACAAAGCAUGGCCAGAAAGCAAUUUCAUCACCAAAGAACAUUCGAUGAACAUACUAUUCCUCGGAAAAUGUCGCAUCAGCUUCUUCAGACUGGUGUGGAGGACAGCUUAUGUGAUUUUCACAACAGUUGUAGCAAUGAUAUUCCCCUUCUUUAACGCGAUCUUGGGUCUUAUCGGGGCAGCCGCAUUCUGGCCGCUAACAGUUUACUUCCCGGUGGAGAUGCACAUCUCGCAGAGAAAGAUUAAGAAGCAUUCUAUGAGAUGGAUAGGGUUGAAACUCCUUGUAUUGGUUUGUUUGAUUGUUACCCUUCUAGCCGCAAUAGGAUCCAUCGUCGGCUUGAUAAAAAGUGUCAAGGCAUACAAGCAUUUCCACAGUUAA